UUGUGAUUUAGCCUAGGUAUCUACGGUUAGACGGUAGAAAAGAGGAAAGAGAAAAAGAAAGAGGAAGCAAGGAAAGGAGCAAGAAUGUCCUCAUCUUUCAACGCAAAAACAGAUGUAGGACUUAAACGGUUGGGUUUUCUUAUAAAGGGCUGGAAGGAUAGUAAGGGGUUAUGUUGUAAGAUCUUUUGUUUGUUUUUUUCCUUUUCUCUUUCCUUCGCUCCUAAGGUCGUCUAAAUUUCUUGAUAUCAUUGGAAAUCAUUGCAUCCCCUCUCUUGGGACUCUGUCUCUAUCUCCGGGGCCAAAGAUUACGAUGAAUAUACGAUGAGGAUUGAAAGAGGGAAGAGGCAAAGAUGAUAUAAAUAUGGAACUGAGCUAAUCGGGUUGACUCCGUAUAGGGAUGGGGUCAUGGUCUCUUACCCUCUCUUUCGCUUGCAGUGGAUGAGACGCUUCAUACGGAGAAUAUUACUACGUUUGUUUUUAAACCGACGGUGCAUCAUUGGUUUGUUGUUAUAUUUUAUUUUCUCGUUAUUAUAUCCCUUUCCUUUCCUUUCGUUUCCUCUCAUAUUUAAUUCUCUUCAUCACACGAGCCCCUUUAUUCCUCUCUACCUCAACCCAAUCCCCUUCUUCCCCUUAACCCCCUAAAAAAACAAACCCCACUAACUCCACCAACCCACUAGCAACGGAAUGGGCACCGUCCACGGUGGUUGCAUCUCCACCGUCUUCGACGUCUGCACAUCUGUAGCCCUAAUGGGAAGAUACAGUGAUGCUAAUUGGGGCGGAGGAGGUGUAAGUCGUGGAUUGAACGUUACGUAUUUGAAAGGGAUUAUUGUUAAAGAUGAGACAGGAGAAGGAGAGAGUGAAAAUGAUGUAUUGGUUGAGUGUGAAGUUGUAGGUGGAGUGGGGAAGAGAAAUGUGGUUUUGAGGGGUGAGUUGAUGUUUAAGUUUUUGUUUUGGGGAGAUGGAGGAAGGUGGUUUGUUCUUUUGUCUUGUUUUUUUUCUCUGGUCGAUUUCUUGUUUUAUCGUUUGUGUAUCUUGUUGCAUAUAGCUUGGCUAAUCCUCAUAAUACCCCUUUCACAUACCGAUCAUCCUCCUCAUCAUCCUCAUCCUCCUCAUCAUCAUCAUCAUCAUCUCACUAUCCCUCAUAUCAUUCUCUCCUAACCACAACCACAACACCAAAACCAAAACCAAACAAAGAAAAGAAACAAAUGAACUAACCACCCACACUUCACUUCAGGAACAAUGAAACGACGCAAUGGACAAGUAUUAGCUAUAUGUGAACAUAGCAAGGUUAAUAUCGUGAGGGUAGAGUUACCAGGUGAGAAGAAGGGAUUGAGGGGAGAGAAGAAGGAAAAGGAGGCGAAGUUGUGAGUGUCAUGUGGUUUUGUGAUGUGUGUGAUGGGAGAUUUAGAGUUAGAGGGGACGGGUGGGAAGGGUGGGGAGGGGCAGAGAGGGGAGGAUAGAUGGAAUGGGUGAGCGGGCGGAAAGAUAAAUAUGAUGAGGGGGAUGUGUAGAUGGGUAUUAUAAAGAAGAUAUAUAGAAAAAAAAAGAGUGAGAAAGAGAUAACCGGGUUAUAUUUAUUAUAUAUUAAAAAUAGAAUAUAAUAUAUAUUUAUAAUACAAAAUAUAAAA